AUGCCGUCGUAUAAUUAUCACCUCAAGUUUGAGCUCUACCCAAAUCCUGAUCCCGAAGCGACGCUUUCUCACUACGACAAGAACCCCGCCAACAUCUGGCUUCCGACCGAUGCCGCAGGCAUCUUUGGCCGACUUCCAUCACAUCCGCGAGUACAAUCUACGACCAGAAGUGGCAAACCGACCUGGACGACAGCGGCGGAGCCUUUAAAGACAGAGACACGCAAUAAGACCUGGGCACACGAUUACGUUCCUAUUGAGGACCGGAGGCAGAUCCAGCAGCAUCCCUCUCAGAUCAUCGAUUGCGGCCCGUCGCGACCAGUCCAUAGCGGGCCUUCUAGUUUGACAAGAGAGGAAUACGGGGAGAGCAACAUCGCGCGCAUAAGCGAGCGUCAAUCUCGUGCCAGAUCCCAAAGCAUUCCGGCGCCCAAGUUCACUGCCGGUCUCGGGCCCAAAACUGCUGCCAAGGACUGGCGGUUCGGGCGGAUCAACCUCGAGAGCUUUGACCUGGAUGGGGACGAGACAGACACAAACGCCGGUAAGGGAGGAUUGGGCCUAUUGGGGAACAACGCAGCCCAGAAGAUGGCGGAAACCGGCGGAGCAGCCUCAGGCGCUGCCAGUGGCUCGACAAGCACCAUGACGGAUGUCAUGCCGGCAGCCUCGUUGGGACCGACUCUGGGAGGAGCAGCCCAGGCGACACGAGCGAGAUAUGUACCGCUGGAGACCAAGAACACAGAAAUCGGCUGGGGCAUCGUGCACUUGUAUCGCGAGGGCAGCGACGGUAGUAGUUCGAAGGUGACCACGUCGUCAUCAGACAAGGGAGUAGAGGGUGUCAACGACGACGAGGGAACUAUUCUCUGCAUACCGGCUGUUCCUGGAUACCUCUCACCGAGCGACUUCCUCGGUUUCGUUGGCGAGAAAUGGCGCGGUGAUGUCAGCCACUAUCGUAUGGUAAUGACAAGUCGAAUGAACCGUUACAUGGUCCUUAUGAAGUUUCGAGAUGCGAAGAGAGCCAAGGAGUGGCGUAGGGAGUUUGAUGGCAAGGUCUUUAACAGCCUGGAGGCCGAGAUCUGUCACGUCACCUACAUCAAGUCCAUCACGGUGGAGACCCCCACGAAGCCCGUUCCCCGUUUCUCAGAGUCAUCGUCAUCUGUAUCGAGCUCCCUCAAACCGUUCCCGCCACCAACCGCAGAUCUAGUCGAGCUGCCGACCUGUCCCGUAUGUUUGGAACGGAUGGAUGACACGACCGGCCUCAUGACCAUUCUGUGUCAGCAUGUGUUCCAUUGCACAUGCCUUCAGACUUGGAAGGGAUCCGGCUGUCCCGUGUGCCGCGCAAGCACCAAACCCGCUCAUCCACCUACAUCGCCCUUGGACCGGCCGUUCGGCGCCGGGGUAUCGAAUCUAUGUACCGUGUGCGACGAGGCUUCGGACCUAUGGAUCUGCUUGAUAUGUGGAAACGUCGGUUGCGGUCGCUACAAGGGGGGUCACGCCAAGGACCACUGGAAGGAGACGGCUCACUGCUUCAGCCUGGAGCUGGAAACACAGCAUGUCUGGGAUUACGCAGGCGACAUGUGGGUGCACCGCCUCAUUAGAGACAAGGGGGAUGGCAAGGUCGUCGAGCUACCGCAACGGCCAUCACGGGAGGCCGACGACGAGAACGGCAUCUACGACCAGGACGUCGUCCCGCGCGCCAAGCUAGACAGCAUCGGGCUCGAGUACACUCAUCUGCUCACCAGCCAGCUCGAGUCUCAGCGCGUGUAUUUUGAGGAGCUGGUCAGCAAGGCGGCGGACAAGGCGUCCAAGGCUGCCGCGUCGGCAGAGUCCGCCAGCUUUGCCGCCGCAGAAGCCAUCCGGCAGCUUAACGAGCUCCGGGCCGAGCACGCGACGCAAAAGACCGAGACGAUCCCUUCGCUGGAACGCGACUUGGAGCGUGAGAGGAAGCGGGCCGGCAAGGCGGGGGACUUGGCUCGGUCGAUGGGCAAGUCGCUGCAGGAGGAGAAGCGCGUGAGCGAGGGUCUCAUGGCCCGCAUCGAGCACGUCAACCGCGAGCUCGAGGCUGUCAAGCUUGAGAUGGCUAAACUCAAGGAGGAGAAUGAGGAGCUGAAGGAUACUAAUCGCGACCUGACCAUGUUCAUAUCCGGGCAGGAGAAGCUCAAGGAGAUGGAGAACGAGGGUCAGAUCGAGGCUGGCGAGCUGGAGGAGGGUACGGCCAGCGUGCCGGAGCAGAAGCGGAAGAAGGGCAAAGGCAAAGCGAAGAAGUGA